CCCUUAAUUAUUCGAUUAUUACCGAACUUAAUUAGAAAGAUAAGAAAUAUUUGUCCUGUUUAUUUAUUUCCCAGAGAAAUCUCUGAUUACACAGGGAAAAAAAGUUUUAUUUUCAAUUGUCUUGACUUUAUGAGGUUGUUGUCUGAUCCAACCGUCAGUGGUAAUUACUUUCCCUUUGAUCUCUCGAUCUUUUUUCUUUUUCAAUCUUAACAUAAAUUGUUUCUGUAUUUAUUAAUAUCAUUUGCCUUAUUUAGAUAUUUAUUAUAAAUAAAUAAAAAGCGAAGAUGAGGGUAGCCAAGUCACAGGUAUGGCAGCCAUGCAAGAAGAAGAGAUCUUGAUCGAUCAAAAACAGGAUUUUCAGUUUUAGAGAGAGAAAUUUAACUGGUCUAGUUAGAGAAUGUCGUCUUCUAGAAGUGGUGGUGGUGGUGGGGGAGGAAGCGGAAGCAAGACACGUGUGGGGAGAUACGAACUCGGAAGGACCCUCGGAGAAGGAAAUUUUGCUAAGGUGAAAUUCGCUAGGAACGUUAAGACGAAAGAGAAUGUUGCCAUCAAAAUUCUCGAUAAAGAGAAUGUUCUUAAGCACAAAAUGAUCGGUCAGAUUAAACGGGAGAUUUCAACGAUGAAGUUAAUCAGACACCCUAAUGUCGUCCGCAUGUAUGAGGUGAUGGCGAGCAAGACCAAAAUUUACAUUGUUUUACAAUUUGUGACGGGUGGUGAACUUUUCGACAAAAUUGCAAGUAAGGGGAGGUUGAAAGAGGAUGAAGCCAGAAAGUAUUUUCAACAACUUAUCUGUGCUGUAGAUUACUGCCACAGCAGAGGUGUAUACCAUAGGGAUCUGAAGCCUGAAAAUCUGCUAAUGGAUGCUGACGGGGUUCUUAAAGUUUCGGAUUUUGGAUUGAGUGCACUACCUCAGCAAGUUAGAGAAGAUGGGUUACUUCACACAACGUGUGGAACACCAAAUUAUGUUGCUCCGGAGGUGAUCAACAAUAAGGGCUAUGAUGGUGCCAAGGCAGAUUUAUGGUCAUGUGGCGUGAUUCUUUUUGUCUUGAUGGCUGGCUACUUACCUUUUGAAGAAGCCAACCUGAUGGCACUAUAUAAAAAGAUAUUCAAGGCUGACUUCACGUGUCCUCCAUGGUUCUCCUCAAGUGCAAAGAAACUAAUCAAAAGGAUUCUUGACCCUAAUCCCUCGACACGUAUCACCAUUGCCGAGCUUAUUGAAAAUGAAUGGUUUAAGAAAGGAUAUAAGCCACCUGCUUUUGAACAAGCUAAUGUUAGUCUCGACGAUGUGAACUCUGUCUUCAAUGAAUCAGUGGAUUCUCAAAACCUAGUUGUGGAGAGGCGAGAAGAAGGGUUUAUAGGGCCUAUGGCUCCUGUAACCAUGAAUGCAUUUGAACUCAUCUCUACCUCUCAGGGUCUUAACCUUAGUAGUCUUUUUGAGAAACAAAUGGGGCUUGUUAAACGGGAAUCAAGAUUCACAUCCAAACAUUCUGCUAGUGAGAUAAUCUCAAAAAUUGAAGCAGCAGCAGCGCCUUUGGGUUUUGAUGUUAAGAAAAAUAACUUCAAGAUGAAGCUUCAAGGGGAUAAGGAUGGGCGUAAGGGUCGUCUAUCUGUUGCAACAGAGAUCUUUGAAGUGGCCCCUUCUCUUUACAUGGUCGAGGUUCGCAAGUCUGGUGGAGAUACCCUGGAAUUUCACAAGUUUUACAAGAACCUCUCAACUGGACUGAAAGACAUCGUAUGGAAAACAAUUGAUGAAGAAAAGGAGGAAGAAGAGGCAGCGCCAAAUGGUGUUGCUCAGGUUACAACUCAAUAACUGGGUUUUUUUUUUUUCCCACUUGUAAAAUCCAAAUGUUGAUUAUUCAACCGGCUGUGGCCUGGUGGUAGUGUUUUUCUUCUUUCCUUUCCUCAUGAAUGAUAUGAAGGUUAAUGGGCGGAACAUAAUGUAGCUUUCAUUGACGUGUUCCUUGUGCCCAGAACAAGCUCUUUCAUGCCUACGUAGGCGUGGUCUUGUCCAAACUUUUAUAUAUAACUGGGCUUGGUGGGUUUUUCUCCAAACUGUGAAUGUAUCAGAACCCUCGGCCUCGUUCGGUUUAAAACAAAGUUUUUCUAUUAUGUAUGUUAUCUCCCUUGUUUCCAA